UUUAUCACCGAUAAAUCACUAGUUUCGGCGAAUUUAUUAGCUUCGACUCUAUCAACAUGGGAUCGACACGAAUCGCUGCUAUCCUCAGCCUUAGCUUGGCCAUGUAUGCCACGGUGCAUUAUACAGAAGCUAACCCAGCACGCAGUCUCGACAUCAACUCCAUCUUCCUGGGGCUCUGUCCGCGAUACAUAGCCCUCCUCGACACUUCAGGAAACCCCGAAUGUACCGAGGAAUUCAUCGCGAGCAUCCAGUACGACCUCAAGGAUCAAACCUUAGCUACCGACAUCAUCGUCCAUCUCACUCUGGCCGAGGAAGGGAAACUGGGAUUACAGACCGCUGAUCCUAACGUUGAGGGCUUCGAGUUCGAUUCGGCGUGCGAGAUCUUAGAGCAUCUCUGUACCCCUGUGAUCCAAAUUCCGGACAGUGCUCGCUACAGACGUUCCAGCUCCAACUCCACCUCCACCUCUUCCUCCACCUCAGGAUCCAGUUCAACAAGUUCAGAGACUGGCUAG